GGUAAAAGAAAAUUUUAAUUUUCAAUUACCAGAGGAGCAAUAUGUAUUGAGUUUUCUUAGUCAUCUACAAGAGGCAAAUUGACCGUACAAACUUGCUUGUUUUCCUGUAUACAAAGCUUCGACCCCAUGGGGGAGCCAACGAAUUUGGGAAAGACAGUGAUGCCAAAGGAAAGUGAGGCUGAAAUUGAAAGUGAUGAUCAAAGAACGAUCUCAGCCGUUAAAAUGGCACAUGACAUGGAAAAGCAGUGGCGUAAUUUGUCUGAACUGUCCGGUGAGCGGUGUAUCUAUAGAGUUCCUGAGCGUCUACGGCAAGUAAAUGAGAAAGCAUAUACACCUCAAGUAGUCUCUAUAGGCCCACUUCACCAUGACAACAAAAGCUUAAAAGCCAUGGAAGAGCACAAAUUAAGGUACCUGCGACAUUUUCUAAGUCGAACACGGGUAAGACUGUUUGAUUAUAUACAAAUGGUGCAGCGCCAAGAGGAAAGGUUGCGAGGUUCUUAUGCAGAACCCAUUGUGUUUGACAAGGAUGAAUUUGUAAGAAUUGUUUCAGUGGAUGCCGCCUUCGUCCUUGAGGUAUUAUUGAGGUUUCAUUACUCAAAUUAUACAAAGGAAGAUGAUUACAUAUUCAAAAAUCCUACAAUGAAAGAGGAUGUGGUUCGAGAUUUGAAGUUGCUUGAAAAUCAGCUGCCAUUCUUCAUUCUUCAAGAUCUUUUCACAUUUUUUCCUUAUUCACCUGAGCAUCCUUCGUUACUUAAAAUUUCCUGCACUUUUUUCCAAAGCCAAAUCGAUAGCAAGGGAAAAGAGAAAUAUGACGAGAUAGGAGUAGAAGUGAAACAUUUUGUUGAUCUGAUAAGAAUUCUAUACCUACAAAUGAAACCCAAAACUACAGACACACCCAAAACCACUUUGUGCGACCGGAUGCAAGUGCGCUUAUCUCACUCAAUCUUUCUGACGUCUGGGUAUACACCCAACGCCACAGCCACACCCAACGUGACAGAGCUACACCAGGCUGGAGUCAAGUUUAAGGAAGGAAAAGACAGCAGGUUAAUUGACAUAAAAUUCUCGAGUGGGAUCCUCGGAAUUUGUGGGAUCCUCGAAAUUCCAAAGUUAAGAGUGGACGAUACCACAGAUCUGACACUCAGAAAUCUCCUUGCUUUUGAACAAUGCCAUCACCGAGGGAAGGAUUACCUAGCUAAUUAUGUUUUCCUUAUGAAGCGUCUCGUUAAAACCCAAGAUGAUGUGCAAUUGCUUGCUGAGAAGGGAAUUAUUGAUAAUUGGCUAGUUGAUACCCAGAAGGUAUCUACUUUGCUUCGUGACCUUGGCACCGGGAUGUUAGUUGACAACAGCCAUUAUGCCACUCUUCUUGAAGAACUGACGAAUCACCGCGCAAAGCACUGGCCCAAAUGGAUGGUAAUUUUGAAGCAAAAUUAUUUUAACUCGCCUUGGUCCACUAUUUCUGUUGCUGCGGCUGUUAUUCUCCUCAUACUCACUCUCUUACAAACAGUGUGCUCUCUUAAAUCUGUCCCGCUCUAGUAAAUCUGUCCCUUUAAGCAUCAACGACCGUAAAUCUCUCCUUCUCCGGAGGAUCCGCAAGUCCCUCCCUCGCCGUAUCCUCAGAAGUCUAGCCUAGUCUUUGAAAGAGUACUAUCUCAGGUUUCCUUGAAGUGAGUUUAAUAGAUGUUCCAACAAAAUAAUGUAAUAGAAGUUCCAACAAAAUAAAGUAUUGAAAGAGUGAUUUUAUAUUUGAUAUAGGGAAGCAGUGUCUACUUGUAAUGACUUUUGUUGAAGUGUGUGUUGUAAAUAAAGAGAAGUGAUUUCCGCAAA